AUCUCGCCGAUCCAAGCUUUAUUAGUAUGAACCGAAUCUGAAAGCGCGUGCUGCGCGACGAAAUCCACACGUUUGACCCGUUUUCAGUCAGUGAAUCAAAGCUAAGAUCGAUGAAGUAGAGGUUAUAACGCGUCAGAAGGAACAUAUUUCACACUCGGGCUACUUCCGCGAUCUUGAACGCUAGAAGUUGCGCUCUAAACAACUGAAGAUUUCAUCCGAGCCUAUGCGGUCCUGAAUGUGGUGAGUUAUGCCUGGCCACAGCACAGGAUCACAUCACAAGACGCGUCCUCAUAGCUCAAGCCGCUCUAGGGCCGAUGGCUACAGGCAGAGCCGCACUUACUCCAAGGACAGCAGCACCAGUCAGGAGACCUUCAAGGAGAACUACAGCGAGCAACCUCGUAGCAUAGACUCGCAGUUCCCCCGUAAAACCCAUCCUCUCUACGCCAAUGGACGAGGCUCAGAAACCCUGGGCUUUAUCCCAGGCUCCGCCGACUCUCCUCAAGGUACGCAAGCCUGCGGCUCAUGCGCCUCUCUUGGCUGGAGUGGUUGCAAAGCUCUGCUUUGCUGCAUUCUGACUUGUGGGCUUUAUGGGUCUCGCAAACCUUGCUUGCCAGCCAACGAAAGCUCCACUGACAACCCUUUAAAAGCCGAGCCGGAACCGAGGAAGCCUAAUGGAUUGGCUCUGUCCAAUCCCACAUGCGGCGUAAGCCUCGAACCGAGCAAACAGAAGCAGUUGCUAAGCUCUGGAAGCUUCAGGUACGGCGACGUUUAUUUUGCUGGCAAGAAAGUGGAGUACCCUGCAAACUCCGAGGCGCCUCCAAGACGGACCAGAACGGCUGGAAAGGGCGACAACAACCAGCGUCCCAUCAGUAACACCAGUAUCUACUCGAGGGAGGAUUUGGAUCUAGACGACCUGGAUGACGGCGGCACUGAUAUCGACUCGCUAAUCACUAAAAAGCUUCUAGAACUUUAUAAAAUGCACCAGAUCGAGCAGCUAGCCAAAUGCACAUCCGACGUGUCCUUCUCCCAGAAAACCAACGAGAUCAGCGAUCUGAUCAACAGCAUUGCUCAGGACUACAACUUGGAGGAGCAAGAAGCGGAGUGUCGGCUGGUGCACGGCGUCAUACGCAUCAGCACCCGCAACAAAUCCUCGAAAGGUUACAAAAGCAAAGACUAUAAAUCGCAUGAUGCAAUGCAGCAUACUAACGUGAGGAGGGAUGGAACGCUGCCCGACAGUGGGAACGAGACCAUGACCUUCACCUUUAGUGAUGGUGAACCCGAGGUGCUAGUGUCAGAACUGACACCGUCAGAUGAGCUUGCCCGAAAGAUGAGAGGCCACAGUGGGAAAAGUAAGCAUCUUGGUUCUUGCUUCUUACACUUUCUGGAUGGUUGAUGUGAAAAGAUAAUUUACCGCCAUGUUAACCCUAACCAUGGUGGAAUUGCACCCUGAGGAUGCCGUAUUCUUUUCUCAAUGCUCUAUUGUAACGGUUCCAUUUCCCAACGUUUUCUCACUCAUUCUCUACUGUCGAAUUGGCAUUCCUGUCUUUGAUCUAUGCCCCCCAAAGAAUAAU